AUGCAAAAAGUUUUUUUAAAUACCUUGGCAAUUUCUGAGACUGAUGUGAGAAAUGCUAUCAAAAAAUCUACACACGGCUUUGUUCAAGAAGACAGACGAGGAAGACAUCCACCGCCUAAUAAAACGGCAGAAGCCAUUAAAGAAAGCAUUCGUAACCACAUUGAUAUGAUACCCAAACAUGAGAGCCAUUAUAGUCGGAACAGAACUAAAAGACUGUAUCUUGGAAGUCAUCUAAAUAUUGAAAAAUUGUAUGCUUUGUAUGUAGAGUUUUGUGCCGAAAAGAAUAUACCGAAGGAGAAUGUUGCAAAGGCAUGGCUAUAUAGACAUAUUUUCAAGAAUGAGUAUAAUCUAGGAUUUAAUCCUCCAGCCAAUGAUACGUGCGACGAUUGUGAUGGCUUUGUAAUUAAAACAAAAAAUACUACCGAUGUAAUAGAUAAGAAUGCCAUAAAAGCUGAACAUGAUAAACAUCUUCAGGAAUCACACCUCCGCUAUAGCUUAAAAGGAUUUGACAAAGUCGAUGCAAUAGAGAGUCACGGUUCUAAAAAAAUGUUAACAGUUGAUCUACAAAAGUGUUUGCCUACACCUUAUUUGACAAAUAGCCAAAGUUUUUAUCUUAGGAAGUUGUGGACUUUUAACUUCACGAUUUUGGAUUCUGUAGCCAAGGAGAGCUGGUGCUUUAUGUGGGACGAGACUGUAGCAGGACGUGGCGGGAAUGAGAUGGCUUCUGGAUUAGUCAAGUUUUUUGAACAGCUUGAAGAUGUCAGAUUAGAAGAAGUGACGAUAUGGAGUGACAACUGCGCCGGACAGACUAAAAAUAUUUCUGUAAUGAUGGCGUAUUUGUGGAUACUAUCAAAUCAAAAUAUAAAGAUAAUUAACCACAAGUAUUUACUGAAAGGACAUACGCACAUGGAGGUGGACGUAAUCCAUUCCAUUAUCGAGCGAGAAAAGAAAAAAAUACAAGAAUUUCCUAUAGUUACACCUUGGGACUGGCAGCAGUUUAUUAAAAGCUGUUCCAAAAAUGCCAAAAUAAGUGUAGUGAACAUGGAAACAGAUUCUUUCAAAGAAUUGUCACUUCCAAUGUGCAGUACAAUUAUUGUACUGCACAUUGGAAGUGACAGAGGAUUCGUGUCGGAUUCUGCACUAGUCUUCGAAUGUAAAGGUACUGGAGAUUAUCACGAGUCAAUGAAUGCGAAUACUUUUUGA